ACAGGGCAGAGUCCAUCAGGGGACCUCACUGUGGUGCUUGAGGCUGGCAGCCCCACUGCUGGUUCCCCCAAGAAACUGGACAGGAUGAGUCUGUGCAGCAAAUUUCAGAAGGCUUUGCUGCCCGCUGGUAGCAGCCUCACACCUACCAAAGAGGUUACCCCAGAAGACAGCUCAGACAAACUGGAUGAGUCUUUGCCCAUGGUGAACAACCUUUGUCACACAAACAAGACCAGCACGGGGCAAGAUCCGCUUCCUGAACCCUGUGACGCGGUGAAGGGAACACAGGACUGCAGCGAAACCAUCCAGGAGUACAAAGUGUUGCUACCUUCGAACCUGCAGGACCCUAGUCCAGGAGACACAGUGGAGCAGCUGAGCCCAGCUUCCUCCACACAACCAGAAGGUGGGCAUGAGCCCGAGCUCUCCGUUUCCCUCAGCGGAGAGCAGUGUGGUGACAUAGAGGCCCCGUCCUGGAGCACAGGCAAAUCUGCAGAUGCACUGCCCUCUGCUCAGCCACACGGGACCCCAGGCCCCCAUCCUGAUGGCCCUAGGCACAGUCAUGGGGAGAGAUGUGACAAAGACAAAGCCGGCCAGAAGGCUCCAGAUCGUCCUGCAUUUAACAGGAAAAUCAGCAGCCUCAAGAAAACUGACAGAGGACGUUACUGUAACCAUCGAGACUGCUCCUCUGAUGGGGAACACAUGAAGAGAAAUCGGAGCAGGAGUAGGAGUCAGAGGAGGACUGGGGGUCAUUGGCACAGAAAGCGGCACUCCUACACCAGGAAAAACAGCAAACAGGAGUGCCACACUGCUGUGCAGCCCCGCAGCAGGAGUCGGCACCCUCUGUGCUGUGGGGAGUCAGUCAGUCCCAGCAAGCGCUGCGGUCUGGGAAGGUUCAGCUGCCACCACUCCCGAACCAGGAGAGGGGCCGAGCAGCGGGACAGGAGCCGAUAUCACCGCUCAGGCAGUGACCACACCUGGCUCCAAAAGACAGGUGACCCCAAGAAGAUGCGGUGGGACCGGUAUAGGUAUUACCCCGACAGGUACACCCCAUAUGCAGGCAGGAAGCCCAGUGUAAAGCAGCCACACAAGGACUCCUCCUGGGCCAGGAAAGGCAGGGAGCCUCCUGCCCGGGUGAGGGAGCGGACCCACUUCCACAGCCCUUGCACAGGUGCCGCACCCCCUUUCCCUCUGCACCCCGAGGGCCACUCCCAGGAAAAAGCUGCCUUUGGAGCUGAGGACAGUGGCUGUGGCCUGUCUGAUCGGUUUUAUGAACACAAAAGCAUGAAGUCACACAAACGUAGAUAUGAGAGCGCAAAAAGUAAUGACAGUCAUAAGGAAAAGAAAGCCCACAGGAGCCUGCUGAGAGACCUGGAGGAGCCUAAGGCGAAGAAGCACAAAAGGUCAAAAAAGAAGAAGAAAUCUAAAGACCAACGCCAGGAGCGUGACCACAGGCAUCAUCUGGAUCCAGAUGUUCUAGAUGUAUACUCUGACACUGACCUCUACAGACACAAAGAGAAUAAAAAGAAAAAGGAAAGGCACUCAAGGAACUCAAAACACUCUAAAAAAGAACCAGGACUGCACCUGCUGAAGGCCUCCAGCCAUGGGAACAUCAGCUAUUUCAAGAGACUCGAGGGCAGCUACCUGCUCACCGACGGCCUGCCCAUGGAGGACACUGGAUCUUUCCCAAAGAAGAGCCACGUAUUGGCAUACAGCCAGGGUGAUGGAAAACUUAGCCUCAAAACAAAAAAUUUACGAAUGAAAAUUCAACAUGCUCCAAAGAGGCCAUGCCACCUCAGCCUAAAUAUUAAAGAAAAAUUUGUGCAAGUCUGCAUGGUACUUCCUCUCUAAGCAUUGUGCAGUUUUUAUCAUCUAUUUGGAGGGGAGGGGUUUUUUCAUUUUUAACGUUGCCUUAAUUACCCUUAUUCUAAAAGAAUAAACACUUUCUACAA